AUGAAGUACACUGCUGCUCUCGUCGCCCUGGCUGCUGCCGUCAUGGCCGCCCCCAACCCUACCUACGGCGGCGAGAAGAAGUGCACCAACGAGAAGCCCCAGGUGACCUGCUGCGACAGCAAAGGCGGGCUUCUCGGCAUCGGCGGCCUCCUCUGCAAUGUGGAACUCAUCAACCUCGGCGACACCUGCUCGGGCACCGUGUACUGCUGCGACGCGGGCACCCAGAACGGUCUCGUCAACGUCGGACUCAACUGCCUCAAGUUGUAA